AUGGCCGCGCCUGAACCGCGAAACCUGCGUGUCUGUAGAAUAUGUAAGCCCGUAGGUAGACCCCGCGUUGUUCAUCCUGGCAUCCGCCGCUGGAAGAUCCAAUACGCAACAGAUUUCCAUCCACCAAUUCUCGACAUGUUUAGAUCAAUGAUUAGACAGCUCUGUUGCAUGCGCUGUGGCAGGGAGACCGAGCUCACUCCGACUGACGACCUCAAAGACGCGGGCAUGAUUGAGAUCGGGCACAACUUGUAUUACUGCUUCACAUGUGCCAAUGUGACGGGCCAUCCAAAGGCACCAGGAGCUGCCAAGCUACCGAAGCACACCAAAUGA